UGAUGGUAAAUUUCGGGUACGCGUCGGGUACGCGAGAAUAUACCGUAUGUGCCGGAGAUCCGAGAAAUUCUCAUCCGUACGGUUUUUCCUGUGCAUAAUAUGUUGCGGUCCUGCGUAGCCUAACAACGAGACGGAAUUUCGGCAAGUCACUAUCAGUACUAGAGAAAUCAAAAAAUCAUGUUUUAUGCACAUUUUGUGUUGGCCAAAAAGGGGCCUUUGGCCCGUAUAUGGCUGGCCGCUCAUUGGGAUAAGAAAUUAACGAAGGCACACGUGUUUGAGACGAACAUUGAGAAAUCAGUAGAUGGUAUAUUGCAACCAAAGGUCAAGAUGGCUUUGCGGACAUCUGGUCAUUUAUUAUUAGGAGUAGUGAGAAUCUAUUCGAGGAAGGCCAAAUAUCUGCUAGCUGAUUGCAAUGAAGCUUUUGUGAAGAUCAAAAUGGCCUUCAGGCCUGGAAUGGUAGAUCUACCUGAGGAACAUAGAGAGGCAGCUGUAACAGCUAUCACUUUACCAGAAGUAUUUCAUGAUUUUGAUACUGCUAUGCCUGAACUCAAAGAUGUUGAUAUUGAAGCACAAUUCAGUCUAAAUCAAUCUAGAGCUGAAGAAAUAACAAUGAGGGAAGACUAUGGCAGUUUAUCUUUAGUUACACAUGAUCAAGGUUUUGGUGACAUGAGUUUUGACGCUGAGCCACCAGAACUGCUACGACAUGGUAGUGGCAUGGAACCUUCUUUAGAUCAGAGUCAUAUGUUAUUCAGUGAUGGGCCAGGAAUAGAGACGGCAUUGGAACAGAAAGAGAAAGAACCGGUUGCGGGAACAUCUGCUACGACACAACCCAUGGAUAUAGAUACACCCAUCAGAGAUGACGGUUUUGGUGGUCAUCUUGGCCAAGAUAUCAUAUCGGGAGGUCUCUUUGAAGGUGGCUUAUUUGAUGAAGCUCCAAUGGGUGAGGUCCCUGUACCUGAAGUUAGUUCGAUAAAUGAACAGCAGGAAACAGGUGCAGCUCCUGGAACUGCUGCUUCUGUGCAUGACGAAUCUGACGAGGAUAUGGGUGAUCACUUUGGUGGUCCGGCCUCUCCAAUGGGGGGCAUGAGCUCUGAUGGAUCUAGACCAGCUACACCAGCUGCAGCUGGAGAAGAAAUUGAAGGUAGAAUAAGCGUUGCCAGUCGACGUUUUACACCAGCUCCACAAGUUAUACCAGAAGAACAUGCUAUUGACAACAUAGAAGAGCCACCACCUUUACAAGAUCAAACCACAUUAUUACACGAUGAGGAAGAAAGUUUUGCGUUGGCUCCAAUUGAUGCGUCUGCUUUGAAGGGAUUCACAAAAGCUAAACGCAAGCGCAAACUUAUUGUUGAUGAAGUAAAAAAUAUUUCUGGUGAAGAAAUGAAGGCACAGCUGUCCGAUACUAGCGAUAUUAUCACGACAUUAGACUUGGCACCACCUACGAAAAGAUUGAUGCACUGGAAAGAAACCGGUGGAGUGGAAAAACUCUUUGCUCUACCAGGAAGGCCUAUCCCGGCUCGUGUUCUAUUUAAAAAUUAUCAAAGACAUCUGACCAGCAAGUCUUACGAUCAUGAAGAUUUCGGGCGACUUGGAACUGAGGAAGAUGGAAUGUCUUUGGAACAAAUGAGAGAUGCUCCAGAAACAGAAGUAUCUUAUGAACAAAGUAUCCUCAAUAAACGUGCAGGACGAAAACGAAAAGCGGCACAAGAGGAUGAGAUAAGACAACCUCAACCACCUCAACCAACUCCAACGGAAUUUAGUCAACCAAACGAGGAAGUUCCAAACAUAAUCGCGCAACAUAAUCUCUCCUCAGAAACGCCUGUACUACCUGAAGUAUCUUUACCAGCAGAACCAUCAGUUUCCGACAUAAGCAGCAUUGUGCCUUCUGGUGAGCCGUCUGAGGUUGCAUCGGUAGUUACCGAAACGCCUUUGCUCGGGUCAGAAAUACCGCAAAUCGCACCUGAAGUCAGCUCGAUACUCGGCACACAUGAACAGCCGCAAGUACCAUCAACGUCAACACAAGAGGAAGCUGCCGCCAUUGUACAAACAUCCGAUAUGCCACAGAUGGAGAACAUGGGUUACGACCAAGCACAACCACAGGUUUCAUAUAUGGGCUAUGAUGAACAACAUCCCCCAGCACAUACACCUGGUGCAAUUUCCGAAAGAGGACCGGCUACACCAUGGAAUCAUGAGGAUUAUGAAUUUCCGCCAUCCGUCGGACCUCAAGAGGAACAACAAAUGGAUGAAACUUAUGAGCAGUUUGAGGAACGUGUUCUUAACAAGAGAGCAGCGCAUAUGUAUCAUGUUAUUAAAAACAAAUUAGAUACCAAAGAUAAAUUAACGCUAUCGGAAAUGGCAUUCAAAAAUAAUCGCAAACAGAUUGCACAGAAGUUUUAUACACUGUUAGUUUUGAAAAAGUUCCAAGUAUUAGAACUCAAUCAAGAAUAUUCGUAUGCCGAGAUUAUAGUCACAAAAGGACCAAAAUUCGAAAAUCCUGCAUUGUAAAGAUUUAUGCUCUUAAUUGAAAAAUUCUAUGUAUCGAUGAAAGGAUAUUGACAUUUAUCUUUAUAAAAUAUCAAAAUAAUAGUUACAUUUUUUCAUAAAAUAAAUUCUAAAUUAAGAUUGAAAAAAAUCUAUUAAUUUUAAACGUAGAACGAUAAACGAAGAUGAUUUGUGGAAAAUGACAAAAUGUCUGAUUUUUUAUUCCCUGUCUUGGAAAGAUGUAUAAUGAAUACUAAUUAUUAAUAAUUUUAAUGGCAUUACAAUCUUUUUAUAUUUGUAUUUUUUCUUCAAAAAUUGAUGUUUUACAUUAUUCAUCAAUCCGAACAGGGUUUGUAUAUAAACAUAAUAAAUAAUUAAGGAAUAUUUUAGGACAUAUAUUAUCAGUAACUUAAAUCUAUUGCAAAAAGGUCCAAAACUACAAGUACUCUUGACGUUAAUAAAUUUUGAUAUAUAUUUUUUUUUUUAUGAGAAUAUUGAUGCAGUUAAAUAUUUCUAGAUUUUUAAUUUGUAAGAUUCAAAAAAUAAUUCAGAAAUUUAUUUAUAGUCACACACACACACGCGCGCGCGCGCGCACACUCACGUAUCGUAUACAUUUAUUUGUAAACAGUUAUUAAUGGAAGAGUCUAUAUAAUAAUUUGUGAAUAAUAAUUUUAUGUAUUAUUGUCACAGAAUGAAUAUAUAUUUUCUAUUUAUGUCUACAUGGAAAUAGUAAAGCUAAAUAGAUUAAAAAAUUUUUUUAUUUAUAAUACUUUUAUCAAUUGAGAUCAUAUUAAUGUCGCAAAAAUCAUUAUUAGCACAUCUUUUCUUUAAAUACCUAUUUUGAAAAUUAAUAAAUACUUUGCACACAAAUGGAUAAGUCAAUAAAAUUUAAUUAUACGGUGCUGGUUAUUUUAGAAAAGAAAAUGUGAACUCUAUAAUAUUAUCAAAGAAAAUUAUUUAAUAUUUUGUUGUAUUUGUAUGUCUGUCUUGUGAUGUACAAGAAUGUUACAAAAAAUAAACAAGAUAUUUUAAAUGUUUAUCAUAAAAAUUUUGCAAUAAAGUCAUAAAUUUACAUUGUAAAUAAACAUAUAAUCAAGAUAAAAUAAAUCGUUAAGGUAUAAUCAUAAAAAAUACUUUAAUGCUGUCAUUAAGUUUGAAAUCAGUUAACUGCCAUGAUGUAAUAAAUGUAUUGUAAAUAAUAUUUAACGAAUCAGUGAAAAAAUAAAUAUCGUUUAUAAACGAUAUUGAAUCUAUACUGAACAUACAUAUCAUAUAAUACUUAAAACUGUUAUUCUCAUUAUUUUCCAUUAAUGAACUGUUAUAUUAGAUACAUACCUAUUAUAUAAUAAUUUAUUAAGUUAGCAAUGUUUAUAAUCAUUUUCUUUUAUAUGCGUGAUGUUAAAAAAUGUCGUCUUUACUUAAAACUUAUUAUUUUAAUAUUCGAGAAAAUAUUCUUUUCCUAUUACUGUAUGAGAUUGUAUGUUAGAUACAUUUUGUAGCAGGUAACACACACACGUAUAUGUGUGUGUGUGUAUAUACACACACACAUACACCCAUUUAAUAUUUAUAUAAUAGUAUAUAUUAUUAUAUAUUUAAUAAUACUAUAUUUUAUAUAUUUUCAUCUGAAAUUUAUAAUAGGUGUGCGUAUAAUACAUAUGAUUUAAGUCACAUUCAUUGUUAAUAAUUACAUAGAUAUUUGGAUAAAACUGAUAUAAUUAGUAUAAACAGUAUGUGAAAUACAUUUUCGAUUUACUGUAAAUACCAUAAUUAUUAUCAACUACAAAAAAUUUCCUUACACACAAAAGUUUAUUCACAUAAAAUAGUAAAGAAAUGUAAGUUAAGAAUAUCCUAAUUUUGAGUAAUAAAUACAAAA